AUGGAUGAUAAUGAGGAUGUUUCUAAUGAAACUUCCACUAAGUUGGAAGAUGAUGGUCCAGCGAUGGUGGGAGAUGAUGAUCUAGCCAAGGUGGAAGAAGAUUUAACGUCCAAAACGGAAGAAGAUUUAACUAUAAAAACGGAAGAAGAAAUCAAAGUUAUUGAUGAACCAAAAGUCUCUGAAAGUGAAAGCAAGGAAGAUGUUAAGACAACGGAAACAUUGGAAGCGUCUAAUAUAGAGCAAUCAGCAGAUCCUGAAAGUAUAGGUGAUGGAGAUAAGAUAAUUAAAGAAACAGACUCUGAUGAACCAAUUGAGAGUAAACCAGAAGAAUUAGAGGAAAUCAAAGCUGAGGAAUCUUUACUUUUAGAAGAAUCAAAAGAAAUUGAAUGUGAGAAUGAAAAACAGGCGGAGUCAAAUGAAUCAGUUAUUGAAAAGUUAAAGGAAUCAGAUGAUGAAAUAAGUGAUAAAAAAACCGAUAGUGAUGAUGUUAAUUGUGAUAAUCCUACUCAUAGUGAUGAUUUAAUUCAUAGUGAUACCCCUAUUGAUGAACCAAACAGUGAAAAUGCAGCAACUGCUACCUAUAUUAUUGAAUCUAAAGAUAGUGAGAAUGCUGAAACUGCUUCCAGUAUUAGUGAUAUUGUUCAAUGUGAUUCACCAAAACAUGUCAAAGAAACACCACAAGAAGGGAUAAAAGAAAACACUGAAAUUGUUGAAAGUGAAAAGAAUGAUGAUGCACCAGAUUUUUUUUUAGAAACAUCAAAAGAGUUGCCCUCAGAACCAGGACCAAGCACACAAGGAUCUGGUAACCAAGAUAUAGAAAUAGAAAUUCAUCUCGAAUCCAGUCAAGAAGAUCCUGAAAUAAGAAAUGAUGGAGAUAAAGAAGUUCAGAAGCCAGAGUUUGAAACUGCCCCUAAUGUAUCUAUGGAGGAUACGCAUGAGGAUCACACACAGGCAUUGGAUCCAUUUGAUACCCUUCUGAGGGAUUUGCCAGAUCCUCCUGCAGAAACAAGCACUCAAACAGCAGAUGUUGACACAAUGAACAUUGAUGAUGACGAUGACGAUGAUCAUAAUGUGGAAAAUCAUGUUGAUCAGGUAGAUGGGGAAGAUGACCAUCAAGAUGAAGGCAGCUUAGCUGAGCCGGGAGCAGAUGAAGAAGUAUGCUUGCUACCAGACACUGAAAGAGAAAUCUCUGAAGCUGAUAAACAGGAAGCAGAAAAAGUCUUAGCUGAAAAGCGGAGGCAGGCGGAAGAAGCUAUGUCCAGUCAAGUUCCUGAAGCUAAUGUCGUAGCAGACAUUGAGCCAGAGUCAAGUGCAGAAAUGCAAAAUACAAAUGCAACCUCUACUGAUGAAGUGGUAGUUGUUGAUGGAAAUGAAAAUGGUGGUGAAGAAAGGGAAAAUAAAGAUCCAGACGAAAUAGACACAAACGACGAAACAUCGCUGACGGUUAAAGAAGUUCCUGAUAUUUUUACUCAAUGCCAGAGCUGUAGUACACAACAGCCAUGCAAAUAUCUUUUUAUACUGGACGAUAAAGAACAAUACUACUGCUCGGAAGUUUGUAUAAAAGCGUUACAAACGCAUUUUAAUGAAAAGUCGAUAGUCAUACUGAAAGACAAGUAUAUAAUUGAUGAAAUCGUCCCUAUCGAACAUGUUUGCUCGGAAUGUGAAGAAACGAAAAUUUGCUAUUUUUAUUACAAGUAUGAUGGUGAAGAUACUUACUAUUGUUCACUUAAGUGCCUGAAAAGCAUGAUGGCGGACGAAUCUGAAAAAUACACAUUUAAACGUCUCAAGAUCUUUGUUGAACAAAUAAAACAGCCUAGACAGGAUAUAGAGUGUGUAGUAUGUAAUGAGGUAAAAGCGUGUCUAUUUACGGCGAAACGGUAUGGUAGCGAUAUAUAUUUAUGCGACGCACCGUGCCUUAAAAUUCUCAAUGAGCAAGAGAGCGGACGAUAUUCAUUAUGUAUUAACAAAAAAUUACCUACACCAUUGAAACCCCAACCACUGCUUAAAUUGAAAGUUAUAAGUAAUGCGACAGAUAAAUAUUUGGAUGAAGCAUACAAGAUACAGGCGAAAACACCCGACUUGGUACAAGCAGCGCGAGAAGAGAGGGAGCAAACAUUCAUUCGAUUAUGUGCUCACUGUUACCAAUUAGCUUCUAGUGAUGAUAAAAUGUUGACAUGGGAAACCAUGGACUUUUGUAAUAAAGUGUGCUUAGGAAGGUAUCAACAUAAAAACGGUUCUAAAUGUGCAUAUUGCAAGAGUGUAGUUGCUUUGACUAGCUUAGGGAAAUACUGUGUUCGCUUUGGUUAUGACAUACGCCAGUUUUGCAAUUCUCGAUGUCUGGAAGAGUUUAAGAAGGGUUUGAAGAUCUGUUGUUACUGCCAAAGAGAUAUAUCAGUUGGGCAUGAAGGCUUCUUGGCACCGGUGGGUGACAAAGGCCAGUUUAAAGACUUCUGUACGCAGGUCUGUAUGGAGAAAUUUGACCAGAUGAGCAAGAAUACUAAGCCUCAACCCGUUUGGGCAAAAUGUGCAGUGUGCUCGUUAGAAAAGGGGACUACAAUUGAAGUGGAAGUUAUGAAUAUUUGCCAAAGGUUGUGCUCAGAUCCAUGCUUUGCGGCGUUCAAGUUCGUAAACAAUAUAGUCCCAGAUCAAUGCCGCUGGUGUAAAAAAUACUUUGAACGUACAUUAAGAAACUGUUUCACAAUAUAUGAAGGCACCAAACCCAUUCCCUUCUGUACAAAGUCAUGUAUGAACAUAUUUAUCAGCAACUCUAGGCAUAUAGUACCUUGCAAUUGGUGUAAAGUAAAGAAAUACAACUAUGAUAUGAUACAGUGGUCGCACGACAAUCAAAUGGUUAUGAUGUGUUCGUUGAGUUGUUUGAAUCUAUAUGAAGUGUCAGUUAAUGCUGUGUCGUCGAGGAGGAAAAAGUGCGAUAUGUGCAAACAAUCGGCGCUCGCGCAGUAUCACUUGACCAUGUCUGAUGCGACAGUGAGGAAUUUCUGUUCCUACCAAUGUGUCAUAACCUUUCAGGGACAGUACUCUAAGGAGGGAUUACCAAUGGUCGGUGAACCGACAGAUACGACAAAAGCAGUUCCUACUGGGGCACCACGUCGGACGUAUUCGCAUAAGGGGAAAGGGAAAGCCCUAAACCGCGCCUCGACGGGCAUGCCCGUUAUAUCAAACGUACAAUCUCUAGCUACGCCCCCGCCCGUUACGACUCCCACGCGGACUAAAUCCAAACGUCUCCAACAAAUUCAAGGAUCGCCAGAACCGGAGCCCCCCGCGGCACCAGCGACGCCCCCUCCCCCACCAAAACCGCCUACUCCACCCCCGCCUCCGCCACCGAAAAUAUACAACCACGUGAUAGUAAAAACCCUACCACCCCAUGAAGUAGCCAAUAAAGCAACAAUGUCCAAGCCUAUGAUGGUCUCCAAGGGCGUGUCGUGUCGCCCGCACCCUUGUACAAAGGAGUGUCAAACUGACCCCAGCUUAGAGCGGCGAGUCCUAAUUCCCGUCCCUGUACCAAUAUACGUCCCCGUACCUUGCGCGAUGUGGUCGCUACCGUUCCCUGUGCCAGUCCCGAUUCCCUUGCCAAUCCCUACUCCAGUAUUCAUUCCCACCACUAGAAAUUCGGCUAAGGGCAUUAUGAAAGAGAUCAAUAAAAUACACGAUAAGAUGCCAACGGAUCCGUUUGAAGCAGAACUUCUGAUGAUGGCGGAAAUGGUAGCCGGUGAUAAGAAGAAGGACCAGAGUGACUCUGAUACGGACGAGGAGAAUGAAGGUUUUAGCCCCGUAGCGGGAAUGGAUGGUAACAAUGCGUUCGGUGAAGACAUGUUACAAAUGGCACUCAAAAUGGCCACGGAGUACGAAGAGCAGCCGGUGGACUUAGAGUCUGCUAUGACAGCUAAUACGAUAACGCCAAGCUCACAUCCAGGUAUGCCAGGUCUGGAAGGUGAAGGGAUACACCACCACCAUAUGAUGGUGUUGGAACAGCAACGAGCUGUAGCAGCGCUGCGCGCGUCCCAGCCGGCAAGGAAGCGUGCUCCGCCGGCUGCUGCGCCUGCGCCGACACCUCGGGCUUCGCGGUCUUCAAAACGAAGGCGGGAGCCAGCACCCCCUCCACCAGAACCGCCGAGAGAACCCGCUGAGAAACCAGACGCCAACAUGUGCCUUAAGUACACGUUUGGCGUGAACGCAUGGAAACAAUGGGUGAUGACUAAGAAUGCGGAAAUCGAGAAGAGCUCCAUCAGACGAAAACCCUUCAAAUCCGAGAUACUGCAGCUGACAUCCGACGAGUUGAAUUACUCGCUUUGUUUGUUCGUUAAGGAGGUGCGGAAACCUAACGGAAGCGAAUAUGCACCGGACACUAUAUACUACUUGGUUUUAGGUAUACAGCAAUAUUUAUUCGAAAACGGUAGGAUAGACAAUAUAUUCACGGACACGUAUUACGAGAAGUUCACGGACUGUUUGGAUGAAGUCGCGAGAAAGUUCUCUGUUUUAUAUAAUGAUUCACAGUAUAUAGUAACUAGAGUGGAGGAGGAACAUUUAUGGGAAAGCAAACAGCUCGGCGCGCAUUCGCCGCACGUUUUGCUGUCUACCCUCAUGUUUUUUAAUACUAAACAUUUUAAUUUAGUCACAGUAGAUGAACACAUGCAGCUCUCCUUUUCUCACAUAAUGAAACAUUGGAAGCGAAACCCCAAUCAGCCCGGUCAAGCGAAAAUUCCCGGGGCACGGAACGUUCUACUGCGUUUCUACCCGCCCCAGUCAGCGUUGGAAGCGAACUCGCGAAAAAAGAAAGUGUACGAACAACAGGAAAAUGAGGAAAACCCAUUGCGAUGUCCUGUCAAAUUAUACGAAUUUUAUAUUUCUAAAUGCCCCGAGUCGGUGCGCACGCGCAACGACGUUUUCUACCUCCAGCCUGAGCGGUCCUGCGUCCCGGACUCGCCAGUCUGGUACUCCACGCAGCCUCUGACUAAGACUACUCCUACGAGUGUUUUAAUGGAGAACAUUCGUGAUAACUUCUACAAUGUCAGAAAAUGUCUAGGAUUCGUGUCUGUUCCACAAACUUCGACUUGUAGAUAA